AUGUUGAUAUCACCCUGCCUGCAAGCCAAGGGCUCGGAUUCGGACCGAUUCUUUCAUGAGUUGUGCCAUUCCAGUACAGCCCAAGCUGUGGCAGUAUUUCCACGGUCACCAACAUCUAGCAGGCUGCCAGAUCUCAAGUUAAUCUCAAGCAAGUUGAUCUCAAGCAUCGGCUUCCCCCCAGAUCUCCACGUAGAUCAGCCCGAUUCCAGCUAUCAAACAUUUCAUAUCAAGCGGCCUUUCUUAAAAGUUGUGGGCGGCUUUUUAAAUGCACAUUUCAAAUCGCCAUUACCGAGCUUUAAAAAUGUAUACGGGUACACGGCCGUGGGCCUUGUGCCCUCCUUAUAUACAAUGAUACCACUCUCUUGUAGGCGUGGUACCCACUACCGCACCCCUGUUGAUGCCGGCGAGUGCUCGGCAAGCAUCUGCCGGGCACUGCACCGGUGCGGAGCACCGAGUGCCCAUACAAAUCUUCCGUACUAA